AUGGCUUCAAAAAGACCUAGACUUAAUCUCUUCCUGGCUCUCAUCUUCCUUUUCUCUGCCCUUGUCAAUGCCAACAACCCUAGCCCUGUCCCUAAUAGAGUUGCCUGCCCUAGGGAUGCCCUAAAAUUAGGGGUUUGCGCUAACGUGCUCAGUGGGUUGGUUAACGUUAAUGUUGGUCAAGUUCCAGUGAGACCUUGCUGCACUAUCCUCCUUGGCCUUGUAGACCUCGAGGCUGCUGUGUGCCUUUGCACUUCCAUUAAAGCCAGAAUUUUGGGCAUCAACCUCAACAUUCCCGUUGCUCUCAGCUUGCUUCUUAGUGCUUGUGGAGAUAAGCUUCCAGAUGGGUUCCAAUGUUCCUUAUAA